CUGCACAUCGCCAGCGAAUAUUCCUCCCCUCUUCCUCCCUCUCUCUCUCUCUCUCCAUAAUUAGAUCCCCAGAGCGAGAGAGGAAGAGGUAUCCCGGAAGCAAAAGCAGAAGGAGCGAAUCUCGUUCUCGCGCCUACCCAUUUUCUCUCCCCCCUCCCUUUCCCGGAAAACGGAGGAGAACCGAGAGAAAACGAGGGAAAGGGGAGGAAAGUUCCGACCUUUACGGGGGAGAGAGAGGGAGGCGCGGCGGCGGCGGCGGCGAUGGACACGGACGCGGGCGCGAAGGUGAAGGUGGGUUCCUCCAAGUUCCCGCUGAGCUCCUGGGAGGUGGCAAUGGCGGCCCUGGUCGUCGCCGGGUUCGCCCUCGGGCUCGCCGGCGUGUACCUCACCAUGCCCGCCUCGGACUACAGCUUCCUCCGGUUGCCCCGCAGCCUCGAGGAUCUCCAGAUUCUCCGAGACAAUCUUGAGGGCUACACAAGUGACUAUACGCUGCAGGUCCUUGUUGGUUACUGCAUGGUCUACAUAUUCAUGCAGACUUUCAUGAUUCCGGGAACGGUUUUCAUGUCUUUACUUGCUGGAGCUCUGUUUGGUGUUUUCAAAGGUGUAGCUCUUGUCGUCUUCACUGCCACUGCAGGAGCUUCUUCAUGCUAUUUCCUAUCUAAACUGAUUGGACGGCCCAUUAUCUUCUCUCUAUGGCCUGAUAAGCUGCUUUUUUUCCAAGCUCAGGUGGCAAAGAGAAAAGAGCGGCUAUUGAACUACAUGCUAUUCUUGAGGGUUACACCAACCUUGCCCAACACAUUCAUAAAUUUUGCUUCCCCCAUAGUUGAUGUACCUUACCACACUUUCUUACUGGCGACGGUCAUUGGGCUCAUACCUGCUGCUUAUGUUACCGUCCGGGCUGGGAUUGCUAUAGGAGAUCUGCGAUCCGUUGGGGAUCUCUAUGAUUUCCAAUCAAUUGCUACACUCUUCUUCAUUGGAGUCCUCUCAAUUACCCCCACGCUGAUAGGCAAGAGCGAAUCAUAGUAAUUGCUGGCUUAAGCUCCCAAGGCUAGCUGUCUCGCUCCACCUCCACUGUACAUAUAACCACCAUCCAAGUACGGCUGUUGCUAUUUCUGUGCCUUGACAAGGUUGAAAUCUGCAGCCGCUUUAAACAAUCAGGAAAAGCAUGACGCGAUCUUCGACUCAGCCACAGCCACAGGGUGACGUCGGUUAUAAUGGUUGACAGGGGGCUGGGGGGGUUGUAAAAGCUGAUUCGGCAUUUCUGGCUUGGAGCAAACUGUGUGUCCUUUCAUAAAGACAUCUUGAUACCAUAAGGAUCCUCAUAAUGUUCUAGACUGAUGCUGGAAGAUAAGGCCGACUCUUGUAUAUUUAUGUUAAACUGGAUGAUUUGUAGCUUGUGCGUUAGAUAAUCUCAAUCCCGCAUUUAAUUUUA